AUGGGAUCCAAGACACCAGAGAAUCAUCGUCGAGGUCUGAAUGAAUCGCCAACACGCGAUACAACUGCUGCCGUCAAUCCUACCAGGCUGGCUGCAGCAAGUGGGCUGCUUCAUGGUUCGCCCGAAGGGGAAGAUGAGGACGGGGAGGAUGAGGACGACGACAAGAUUGGAGCUGACCUGAAAUCUAACAGUCAGGCAAGAACAACUCCUCCAAGGGUUGUGCUCGCGAGCCAUUUUCAUGAUCAGCGAUAUCCAGUGGGCGAGAUCGUCGAAUAUGCGGACGGCCAUGACGAUCUUCGACGCAACACUGCUGAAGAAUCGUCACCUUAUGCUCGAACAAUCGCAAACCCCGGAAUCUCGAUGAGCAAGCUUGCCCAAGAGAUUGAGGAUGGCAUUCGGGCACUGACUAACCACCAAGGUAUUCAGACCGGAGACGCCCUCAAGGCCGUCCUGGGAUUUCCGAUUGGGCUCUGCUUGACUAACAUAGGUGCUCACUGGACUCCCAAUCCUGGAGCAAAGAAGGUUAUUCUCCAGUUCGACGAUGUCUUGAAAGUGGAUUUCGGGGUUCAUGUCAGUGGCAGGAUUGUCGAUAGUGCUUUUCCUGUUGCUUUCAAUCCAGUCUCUGAUAAUCUCCUCGCAGCUGUCAGGUCAGCCACUAAGACUGGGCUCAAGGAAAUUGGUUUUGAUUCCUGCAUAGCCGAAAUCAGUGAAAUAAUCCAAGAGGUAAUGGAGAGUUUCAAAGUCGAACUGAACGGAAAGACUAUCCCCGUCAAAGCUGUUCGAAACAUCAGCGGCCAUAACAUCUUACGCUACAAGAUCCAUGGUGACAAACAAAUACAUUUCGUCAAAAUGCAAAUAUGGAAGAAGGUGAUGUAUUCGCCAUCGAAACUUUCGGCACCACGGGCAAGGGUUAUCUCAGAGCUGAUGUAG